GUUGAGGCAGCAAAUGGCAGAUGCAGAGAAGAAGAAGGCACAGGCUGCAGAGGCUGCAGCUACAGAGAAUGAAAGGUUGAGGAAAGAUACAGAGGCAGGGAUGUUGAAGAAGAUGAAGGAGGAUGAGGAGCACUUCAUGUGGCUCAAAGAGAUUGAGGAGAACAGGCUGAAGCAGGCAAGGGGCAUGGCAGCCACAUCAGCUGAUGCGAGGGCAAAACAGAAUGCAUGGGCUGCAGAACAGGUGAGGUUGAAGAAGCAGAUGGCAGCAGAAGCAGAACAGGAAAUGCAAAGGUUGCUCAAGCAGCUCCAUGAUGAAGAUGAAAAAGCAAGGCAGGUGGUGGAGGAGAGGGAGAGGCUGAGGGAGAAGUUUGAAGAUGAAAAGACUAUGCUUGAGGCAAAGGCUGCAGAGGAGGAGAGGCUGAGGAAAGAGUUGGAGAAGGAAGCUGCAGAGGAGGAGAGGCUGAGGAAGGAGCUGGAGACGAUGGCUGAAGCAGAAAAGAAGAUGCUUCAGAAACAGACUGCAGAGGAGAAGAGGCUCAAAGAGGAGGGUGAAGCAGAACAGACCAGGCUUGAUGCAAAGGCUACAGAGGAGGAGAGGCUGAGGAAGGGGCAGGGCAGGGAGAGGGAAGCAGAAAGAGAGAUGCAAAGGCAGGAGAAAGAAGCCAUGAAUGCAGAGGAAAGGAAGAGGCUUGAAGAUGAGGCUAGAAAGGAGGAGGAAGAGAGAUCACAGAAGGAGAAGCCCCAGGAGCUGCAGGCUGCAUAUA